AUGACUGGAAAGUUUCCCGAAGUUCAAGGGGGUGGCUCUCUCAUCCUCGCGUGGCAGGUGCGGAAUAAGAAAGUACUAGUCAUUGGUGGCGGCGAGGUCGCGGCAGGUCGCAUUCUCAAUCUGCUCAACGCCGAUGCCAAAGUCACGGUCAUCAGCCCUCGAGAUGGCCUCAACGAUGAGGUGGCGUAUCGGAUAGACCAGAAGCAGGUCGAGUACUUUGAUAAGAGGUUUGAGCCAUCAGAUCUGGAUGACCCUCGCAUCACACUGGUCCUCACAGCCAUCGACGACCCGGAAGCGAGCACGCAGAUCUGGAAGCUCUGCAAGGAGCGGAGGCUGGCUGCGAACAUUGCAGAUGUACCACCAGAAUGUGACUUCUACUUCGGCAGCGUUCACCGCGAUGGGCCGCUGCAGAUUAUGGUCAGCACCAAUGGAAACGGUCCUAAGAUGGCGAACAUUGUACGUCGGCGUAUCGCUGCAAGCUUGCCACCGAACAUUGGCAAUGCCAUCUCAAAGGUUGGCGAGCUGCGGAAGAAGUUACGGGUUGUAGCGCCUGGCAAUGAAGAGGGUCCGAAGCGAAUGCGCUGGAUGUCCAACGUCUGUGUACAGUGGAGCCUGGAAGACUUGUGCGACAUGAACGAAGACGACAUGGCACGUUUGCUUCAGUACUACGCUCCGGAUCGAGUACCCAGCCUGGACAAUAUUCGACUUGACGAGGAUCCAGACGAAUGGCAGUUUGACGGGUCGUACGGUUGGGCAUGCGUGGUGUAG